AUGAUGAUAAAUUCUUCGGUUUCUUCGUUGAGAUGCGACCUCCAAGGAAUCCAGAACAGCAUCAAAGACGACGGCCAAGACUUGCUUGAUCAUCUCUCUAUCAAGAAAAUAACAAGUAUACCUAGUAAUACUAAAAUGGAGAUGACUCGAGUCUUUCACUGCGACGGCUUAUUGUUAUGCGUUGCGAAAGAGCAACAAGACCACUUUAGAUUCUUCGUUUGGAAUCCGUAUUUGGGGCAAACCAAAUGGAUUCAACCCAGAAAUAAAUUCCACAGAUUAGACAAGUACGCUCUCGGAUACGACAAGAACCGUAACCACAAGAUCUUGAGUUUGGUUUAUAAUAACGACUCCAAGACCAGAAACAUUCCCAGCGGAUUCUUUAUCGACGUCUACGAUUUUAGCACUGAUUCAUGGAGGUUUCUUGACGUCGAUCCCGGCUGGGAUUUAGGGUGUUACAACGGCGUGUCUUUGAAAGGAAACACUUACUUUUUAGGUAAAGAGGUAACAACAGAAAUAUAUGUACCCGCUCUCGGAGCUGAGAUAACAGAUAUUGGACAUUAUUUGGUCUGUUUUGACUUCGAAACGGAGUGUUUCGGACCGCGUCUGCCUCUACCGUUUCGACCUCCGUAUCCUUUUUAUGCAGUUUUGCCUCGAUCUUGGGUUAGAGACGAGAAGCUCGCUGUGUUAUAUAUCCACUGCCAUAUCAUAGAGAUUUGGAUUUCGAUUGAGGUUGAGCCCAAUGCGGUCUCGUGGAGCAUUUUUUUUACUCUGGAUUUGAGUCUAGUCAAUGGUUUACCUGAUGGUUUUGCUAAUUACUUUGCACCGACGAGCUUUUUCAUUGACGAGGAGAAGAAAGUCGCUGUGCUUUUUGAUCUAGACAUACAUGACCAGGCUAGGAACUUUCGCUACCAAAUGGCUUAUGUUGUUGGAGGAGAUGGAUACUUCAAAUCUGUCAACACCAGAAUACUUUCGAAUCAUUGGGUUAAUCGCAGCAGACUUGUGCGCACUUCUUAUGUUCCAAGUUUAGUGCAUGUUUACUAG